CCCGCCCACCUCGACCCUGCCCCGCCCAGCCCGGCCCAGCCACCGCGAGCGCGGCGUGAUGGACGGCCGAGUGCAGCUGAUCAAGGCCCUCCUGGCCCUGCCCCUGCGGCCCCAGACCCAGCGGUGGAGGAACCCGAUUCCCUUUCCCGAGACGUUUGACGGCGACACCGACCGGCUCCCGGAGUUCAUCGUGCAGACGGGCGCCUACAUGUUAGUGGACGAGACCCUGUUCUCCAGCGAUGCGCUGAAGGUGACGUUCCUCAUCACCCGCCUCACCGGGCCGGCCCUGCAGUGGGUGAUCCCCUACAUCAGGAAGGAGAGCCCCCUCCUCAAUGAUUACCGGGGCUUCCUGGCCGAGAUGAAGCGGGUCUUUGGCUGGGUGGAGGACGAGGACUUCUAGGCCGGGAGCCCCUCGGGCCGGGGGGCGGGUGCUCGGGGGAGGGUCCGCUGCGCCUGUCGCCGCCGCCCAGAUGGCGCCGCCACGCCUCCCCCCCCAACUCUCACCUCCGCCGCGCUCCAGUGGCCGCGCUCUCCCCCGCGCUGCUGUCCGCUCCCGCGUAGUGCUUGCCUUUGUUCCAGGAAUAGCGCUCCAGGUCCCCGCCGCUGCCUCUGGGCCCGGCUCCGGAGCGCGCCGCCGCCCUCUGCGGCCCGCCAGGCCCCUCCCGUGCACACUUGGACUCGGGCCCGUGCUCCAGCUGAGGGCCGGGCUCCCGUUAUACGCCGGGCAGACCACCCACAGCCCGGCGGCCACGGGCUGCCUCCACUAGACUGACCGCCAGGCCUGCAGCGCGCUGCCCGGAGACCCGCGCUGCCACUGCUGUCGCCGUCGCCGCCGUCCACCGCGCGCCACCGACGGCCUGCGGCUCAGCCAAGAAAUAUCUGAGCCGGCCCCGGCCCCUGGACAGUGAUUCCAGCAGCUCGUCACCUCACCCUGCCCGGAGGGGCCGGCCAGCCUCUCACCUGCAGCGGGACCCGUUCCUCCCUCCUCCCAGAGACCUCUUCUGCUCCUGCCGGAUGACCGCCAGGUCCCAGGGGUGCCUGGCAGCCAAAUCCAGCCACUCGUUUUCUUUCUCCUGUGGACCUGUUCGUUUUGCCCAGAACCCAGUUCUCUUCUCAAUUCGCAGCUGUCUCUCUGAUGUGUGCCUUUUGUUCCACACAGUCAUUAAGCCCUGCACUCUGCCCAGCUUUCUACACUACCUGGACAAACGUCUUUUCCUCCUUUUCAAUAAAUGUCAGACGCUAUUAAAAAGAAA